AUGUCUACUCCCUUUGUAUCUGAUGAAUUGGUGCAAUUGCAAAAGGAAAUAACUUCCAAGAAUCCAGUGGAUGUCUUACAAUUCUGCGCAAAUUACUUCAAUACCAAACUAGAAUUACAACGCGCGCAGUUAUGGCAACAGCAGAAUAAAGCCAAGGCUGCCGGAAUUGUCUUGUUCCCUAAGACCGAUAACGUAUCAGUGAAUGCAUCUGGUAACGGAGCAAGUACUCCUAACGGGAGACAACCUAGCUUCAAGAGUCCAUUUGGAGAUAAUGAUCCUCAUCUGAUUCAUGAACAACACCAUGACGAUGAUCCAACCUCGGAAGUUGCCCCCGAUUCUGUCAAUACAGGUAGUAUCUCAGCUGGCAUCUUUAGAAGCCAAUUUGGCGGAAAUGGCGGACUGAGAAUUCAAAAUCCGGUUGAUCCAAGUGAUCCAAACGACAGAGCUCACUCACCAGGCCCAGCCUCUUUCAAUUCCUUUGGAGCAGGCCCAUCUUCCCCAUCAUCAAAGGGGCCAGAUAGCUUAGGUCCUGGCCCUGCUGGAACAGGCUCUGCUGCGCCAACAUCAGCUGCAGCCCCAACGAGCGGUAGCAGUGCAACACGCCGUCUCCCUAUUGCAUUCAACGCAAACAGAAGAACAUCGGUCUCCGCUGAGGCACUCAACCCGGGUGAGCUUAAAGCUGAAGACUGGAAACCCCCUACGAACGAUCUUUCCCCUUCCCAAAAAUCUGCAUUAAAUAGAACCCUUGCCUCGAAUUUCCUUUUCAAGCAAUUAGAUGAAUCCUCAAAGCACACGGUAAUUGAAGCAUUAUCGGAAAAGAAAUUCCAAAAAGAUACUGAAAUCAUUACCCAAGGUGACGAAGGUGAUUUCUUCUAUAUUAUUGAAUCCGGUACCGUUGACUUUUAUGUUAAUGGAUCCAAGGUUUCCUCCUCGGGCCCUGGUUCAUCCUUUGGUGAAUUGGCAUUAAUGUACAAUUCUCCUCGUGCAGCAACUGCCACUGCCUCGUCUGACGGUGGAGUAACUUGUUGGGCAUUGGAUAGAUCUACAUUUAGAAGAAUUUUGUUACAAGGUACUUUCAAUAGAAGAUUGAUGUAUGAAGAUUUUCUUAAGGAUGUUAAGGUGUUAUCAGGCUUGACUGAUCACGAGAGAUCUAAACUUGCUGACGCUUUACUGACUGAGAUCUAUCAAAAGGGUGAUAAAAUCGUCACUGAAGGUGAAAAUGGUGAGAAUUUCUAUUUCAUUGAAAGUGGUACAUGUCAAGUGCUCAAGGAGAAGGAAGGUGUACUCACUAAGUUGUCGAAGGGUGAUUAUUUCGGUGAAAUUGCAUUAUUGAAUGAUUUACCAAGACAAGCUACAGUGGAAGCUUUAGAUACGGUGAUUGUGGCUACUUUAGAUAAAUCUGGAUUUUCCAGAUUAUUAGGUCCAGCAGUGGAAGUCUUGAAGAGCCAGGAUCCAACAGCUUCCAAAGAUCCAACAGGAAAUUGA